GGUUCUUGAGCUCGACCUGCAGUUUGAAGUCGAGCUCCGCUGGAGUGAGUAGAAAGCAAGCUCAUUUUAAGAACAUCUGUCUUCCGGACUCCUGCCGUAGCCUCUAAUUUGAAGCAAGGAGAAUGCACUCGCUUUCAUAAACGCAGGUUCUGAACAUUGUUUGAGGAAGCGAGUGCAUACACAGGAGGAGAUAAGGAAGAGGACAUGGCCGGCUCACAGGGAAGACAGUGAUCUGACUGGCCAGAGUACACAGGACAGAAAGAUGAAACUGUGGGGGCGGUCAGUGUGGCCAUUGCAGGUUGUAUUCUUGGUCACCUUGGUAAUGUGGUCGUGCCAGUCAGUUUCUGCGGGUACACGGAGUCUGCGGGGACAUACAGCUUCGUACCAAGUGAAGCAGGGAACCUGUGAGGUUGUGGCCAUCCAUCGCUGCUGUAAUAAGAACAAGAUUGAGGAACGUUCACAGACCGUCAAAUGCUCCUGUUUUCCUGGCCAGGUCGCCGGGACGACGCAUGCCCAGCCGUCUUGUGUGGAGGCUUCCAUCGUUCUACAGAAGUGGUGGUGCCAAAUGCACCCGUGUUUGGAUGGCGAGGAGUGUAAAGUUCUUCCAGAUCUCACUGGCUGGUCCUGCAGCACUGGUAACAAAGUUAAGACUACUAAGGUCACACGGUAGCAAGAAUAUGGCUGCUCUACCAAGAGGCCUAAGACUCCUCACCCUAAAGGAACAGGAGACCUUCUUGUUUAAGAUAUUGAAAUUAUGGAGGAUUCAGUACAUGCAAUAGAGGGACAUACUUAUUGUACACUAUAGAUGACCACAUUGCUAUGACAGAAGAUAAGAGGAUGGACUUGUUCUGCAGAAUGUCUGUAUAUACCUGUGGUGCGAUGCUCAUUGCAACUUCAGAUGCUGGACACCACAGGUGUUCACAUGAGAGACUGCACCUCUCAGCUCAGAUUUUUUUUGGACUACUGCUGGCUCUGGCUGCUCUUGUGUAUGUAGGAAAGACAAAGUUCCUUUGGACAAUUCGGACAUGGCUGGGAGCUUGUGUGAUUGUGUGUAUGUGUGUAAGUGUGUGUUAAAUCAAUAGUUCUCUCAAAAAUGAAAAUACAUUUACUCACCCUCAUGUCGUUUCAGACUUUCUUUCUUCCAUUAAACACCAAAGGAGAUGUUUAGUUGAAUAUCUUAGCUGCUGUCUUCCAUAUAGUGAAAGUGGAUGGGGACAGAAGCUGUCACAUUUUAAAAACGGCAUCAAAGCACCAUUAAAGCAUCAUGAAAGUACGACUUGUGUACUGUGUAUUCCAAGUCUUUUGAAGCUUUAUAUGAAGAACAGACUGAAGUUGUUAUUCAUUGAAACUCUUGCUUGACAGGUUAAACAAUCGACUAUAAAUAACUCCUUUUAUGUUUCUCAGAAGAAAGAAUGUCUUACAGGACAUGUGCGGGUGAAUAAAUGAUGACAGAAUUUGGAACUGUUCUUUGAAUAGAACAAGUGUGUCAGGUUGAUUAUGCUGAGACAAUAGUUCAACACUGUUUAUCUGCUUCCCAGCACAAAUUUUCUAUUCAUGAGUAAGUAGUGUAUUGUUCAGAAUGUGUGGUUGACAAAUUAUUCUCAAUUCUCUUCUGGGUCAAGUCAUAACCAUGAAAAUGUUAUGGAUAGGAUCAUAACAUCAUAUAAAAAAAUUCAUGUUAGAUUUUUUUUUUUAACUAAAUAAGAUCAUUUGGAGACGUUUUCCAUUUUCUAGUCCUUAAUGUUGGUGUAAGAUGGUGUGAAAAGGAGAGAAACAUUUAUAAAGCUUUCUUCCACAAAUACAGAAGUAGAAAAGCAGUCUCUAAGUGAUGUAGUCAUCAGUAAAACACUGGUAAAUUGCUGUAAAAAUACAGCUUCUCCUUGCUGUAACAUGUUAUGUAAUGUGAGCUUUACAGAUGCAAGCCCCUAAAAACACUUUAAAACAGAUGGCUAGUGUAAAAUGUCUAUGUUACUCUGUAAAAAAUUCUUAAACCACUUAAACAGGGCCCUGUCUUGCUUUUACAUUUCUUUUCUGGUUUAAUGUAACUGUGAAGCUCUCCAAGUACUCUGUUAAGUUCCAAAACAGUCUGCUGAACAUAUUUAAAGAUAAGGUCCAACGUGAAGAGACAUUACUCGUGCCCAAUACUGCGGUUUAAUAAAGUUUGAAAU